GCUGGUGGACCCGUGAAAGCGUCGAACCAACGAAACAAGCACAGCUGACACCCACCGUCCGCCACCGCAGUCGCCGGUGACCAGAACGCGCGCCCGAGUUCGCCGGCGGCGGGAGAAGGACGCCGAGGAUGGGCUGCUCCAUCUCGGGGCUCAACGCCCUCUACGACGCAGCGACUGGUGGCGGCGACGUGUGGAUCAACGAGCGCCGCUUCCGCGUCCUCCGCCAGAUCGGCGAGGGCGGCUUCGCCUUCGUCUACCUCGUCAAGGAGCACGACGCCUCCUCUGACGCCGCGCGCGACAGGCACCCCUCCCACGUCUCAGGCGACGGGACAUAUGCUAUGAAGAAGGUGCUGAUACAGAGCAGGGAGCAACUGGAUCUGGUGAAGGAGGAGAUCCGCGUUUCGUCCUUGUUCAACCACCCCAAUCUGCUACCGCUUCUUGACCAUGCCAUAAUAGCAGUUAAGAGUACACAGGGAGAUUGGAGCCAUGAAGCCUACUUGCUCUUUCCAGUCCAUUUGGAUGGUACUCUGUUCGACAAUGCUGCAGUCAUGCAGUCUAGGAAAGAAUUUUAUUCGGUGCUCGAUGUUUUGCGAAUAUUCCAACAGAUUUGUGAAGGACUGAAGCACAUGCAUAGUCUUGAUCCACCAUAUGCCCAUAAUGAUGUCAAGCCUGGCAAUGUUCUUGUAACCCGCCAAAAAGGACAAGCGCCUCUUGCAACUUUGAUGGAUUUUGGAAGUUCGCGGCCUGCAAGAAAUCAAAUUCGUUCUCGUUCUGAAGCAUUACGGUUGCAGGAAUGGGCUGCCGAGCAUUGUUCUGCACCUUUUCGCGCACCUGAAUUGUGGGACUGCCCAAGUCAUGCUGAUAUCGAUGAGAGGACAGACAUUUGGUCGCUAGGUUGCACUCUUUAUGCGAUCAUGUAUGGUGUUUCUCCCUUCGAGUAUGCUCUUGGUGAAUCUGGAGGAAGCUUGCAGCUCGCCAUUAUGAAUGCGCAGUUGAAGUGGCCACAGCUACCGAGCCCUCCCUACCCUGAUGCACUUCACAAGUUUGUUACCUGGAUGCUUCAGCCACAACCCGCAAUGCGUCCUCACAUCAAUGACAUACUUCUCCACGUUGACAAGCUUGUGGAGAAAUACUCGCCUUAAAGCCAGCUUGCAUAUUCUGUUCUGACUUGUUUCUUCUUUAUACGAUUGCAAAGGGAACAUGGUGUAAGACCCAUGCUCUAGGCCUUUUCAUCCUUUGGAAUAGGCACAGUGUCGAUUCUUUAUGUAACUUUUAGGCUGUUACCACAUGUGGUUGCCUAACUCUUGGAUGUUACUAUAUUACUUGCUUAUCUUGUACAAAAUGUUCGCUGCAUACGAAAAAUACAUGUGUUAUUGUCUUCUCUA